AUGUGGCCCCAUACAAAUUUCAUUGUCAUCGACGCACAUUACAUCAAGGAAUUCCCCAAAAUGAUGGAAACGCGCACCGGCUUUCGCAACCCGUCCCGGCGCACCGGGAAACGUGUGCAAGUGGAAACGCGCCACGGGACCGAGGCACGCGAAUCGGAUGACCCGCAAACCGCUCACGGUCUGCGAUCUCGCCUGAACGCUUUAGAUCCAUAUCGU